UCGACAUUCAGAAUUCAGAUCAUUCACAUUAUACACCACGGACAAUCAAAAAAGCAUAUUGAAGAUGAACUAAAGUUGAAUUAUUGAGUACGUGCACGUGGUGAUCUAUGUUCCAUUACUGGAAAGCAGAAAAAGAAGCCAACAAACCCUACCCCAUUAAUAUAUGGAAAGCAAAUCUUUGUGGACUCUUUAUUGUUGUUCAGAAAGAAAACUUUAAGGUUUUUGAUUGAAUGAGUUGCAGCGAAUUUACCCAAUUACUAUACUCCAUCUUCUUUAUGCAACAAGAACAAAUAAUGCAUGUAGGGAUGAUGUUAACUGUUCGUUCUGGGUGUAAAAGAUAUCAGGGUAGUUGGCUUAAAUUUAAUGGCAUUCAUUGUAGAUGACAGUUGUAUGGGGCUUAGUUUUUGACCCACCAUGUGCUUUGAUGAAAUGCAUCAACCAGAAAUAAAGUAGUUAAUUUGAGCGUGACUUCGCUUUUUGUGUGUAUAUAUAGGUAUGUUAUUUGCAUGCAUGCUUCAUCGGUUAUUUGAUUGUUUUUGAGUGAUGGGUGUGUAUAGUGUACGUGGUUUCCUUGUGUUGUUUGUGGUUUUACUUGCUUUUGUUGGAGAUUUGGUUUUGGGUGAUUCGGUUGAGGGGGUGAAGGAUGAAAAGAAUUUGUUUGGGAAGCCUAAACUUGGGUUUAAAAAGGGUUUAGGUCAUGGAAUAUAUAAGAAGGGGUUUAAGCAUUUGGGAAAAGGUGGUGGUGGGGGAGGUGGCAUUGGUGGUGGUGGUGGUGGUUAUGGCGGUGGUGGUGGAGGUGGCAUUGGUGGUGGUGGAGGUUAUGGCGGUGGUGGUGGAUUGGGUGGAGGAGGUGGGAUAGGUCACCACCAUAAAGGUUUGGGAGGUGGUGGAGGUUUCGGCGGUGGCGGCGGAUUGGGUGGUGGAGGUGGGAUAGGUCACCACCAUAAAGAUUUGGGAGGUGGUGGAGGUUAUGGCGGUGGUGGUGGACUAGGUGGUGGAGGCGGGAUAGGUCACCACAAUAAAGAUUUGGGAGGUGGUGGAGGUUAUGGCGGUGGUGGUGGACUGGGUGGUGGAGGUGGGAUAGGUCACCACCAUAAAGAUUUGGGAGGUGGUGGUGGGCUAGGUCACCAUAAAGGUCUAGGGGGAGGUGUUGGAGGUGGAAUUGGUGGUGGUGGCGGGCUUGGUCACCAUAAGGGUCUAGGAGGCGGUGUUGGAGGCGGAUAUGGUGGCGGUGGGGGGUUAGGUCACCAUAAAGGUAUAGGAGGUGGCGCAGGAGGUGGACUUGGUGGUGGAGUGGGAGGUGGAGGGUUGGGUGGAGGUGGACUUGGUGGGGGCAGCGGUGGCGGACUUGGCGGUGGAGGGGGACUUGGUGGGGGUAGCGGAGGCGGACUUGGUGGUGGAGGUGGACUUGGUGGAGGCGGCGGACUUGGUGGUGGUGGAGGUUUUGGGAGUGGUUACGGUGGUGGGUUUGGGGGUGGUUCCGGUGGGGGGUUUGGAGGUGGUGGCGGUGGUGGUUUUGGAGGAGGAGGUGGUAGCGGUGGAGGUUUCGGGGCAGGUGGAGGCUUCGGAAGUGGCGGUGGCCUUGGAGGUGGAGGUGGUGGAGGUGGCGGCGGAGGUGGUGGAAUUGGUGGUGUCAAUAUUGGAGGAAGUCACCGUUAAAAAUCUAUCCAUCUAUUAAUCCUUCCAUGCAUUUUUAGAGUUGUAUUGUUUAAUAUGUUUCCCAAACAAAGGUUUGUGUUUGGAUUAGUAUAUUAGCUUUCAUGUACUUGUUACUUUGGUCAAUAAAAUAUCCUUUUCAAGAUGAUCAA